AUGAAAUAUUGGCCUCACUACCAACAUAAAGAGGGGGAUGAGGACUUGUGUACUCAGUUUAAGCACGGAUUAAGGCCAGAUAUUCGAGCUGCAGUCAGUGUGUUCCAGGUGACAUACUUGCCCACUCUGUCUAGAGGGACUUUGUCACAAGAGAAGAGAAGUGGAAGUGGCUCAGGAUUAGGCUCUUUCAGAGAGUCGAUCAAAUGCUUCAGGUGUGGAGGGCCACACAUAGUGAGGGACUGCCCACAACUACAGACAACUUGUAGAAACUGUGGGAAGUUGGGGCACACUGUCAAUUUGUGCUGGGCCGCCAAGAAGAGUGGUAGUGCUAGUACAGCUCAGAGGCCUGAGUCGAGAGCAAGCACGAGGCCGAGCACAGGACCAAAGCUGAGUAUUCCCAAGAAGGUCUUUGCCAUGAGUGAAGCAGAGGCUUCACAGUCUGAGGAGCUAAUCAGAGGUGCUACACACUCUUUUAUUACUGUGGACUGUGUGAAGAAUCUGGGUCUGUAUGUGACGGAACUGUCAUGCAACAUUGUGGUACUCUACCCUUACGGGAAAUUUGGGGAGAACAAGGUAAACGCCAAGGCUUUUAUGGUGAUGUUUUCGAUGGAGGUCGAAAGCGUGGUGGAGCCAGAGUACAUCCCAGUGGUGAGGGAUUUCUUAGAAGUCUUUCCUAAAAAUGUAUCCGAGUUACCGCUAAAGAGGGAAAUAGAGUUUGCUAUUGACCUCAUUCUGAAGGCAUGCCCAAUUUCUGUGGCGACAUACAGGAUGUCACCAGUGGAGUUGGCAGAGGUCAAGAAGCAAGUAGAGGACUUGUUACAGAAAUGGUUUGUAAGACCGAGUGUGUCAUUGUGGAGAGCAUCAGUGCUCUUGGUGAAGAAGAAGGAUAAGAGCAUGAGGAUGUGUGCGGAUUACUGGCAGCUGAACAAGGUAAUGAUAAAGAACAAGUAUCCACUUUCGAGGAUUGAUGAUUUGAUCAACCAGUUGAGAGCAGCUGCAGUUUUCUAUAAGAUUGACCUGAGGUCGGGGUACCACCAUAUCAGGGUGAAGGAUGAGGAUGUACAUAAAUCAAGAUGCGGUUACCAAGACGAUCAGCACUGGGUUCAAUGA